AUGACUUAUUGUAUAUGCUUUGGUCACUCGUUAUGGUUCGUGAAUCAGUUGUCAACGCAAGAGGUUAACUUCUUACGCUGGAACGACGUGCCACACACGUCGAGACGUUUUGAUAAUAAUUUCCAUCCAGUGAUAUUCGAUCCAUAUCGACGAGUUGAAAAAGAAAGAAAAGCGACGAAUUAUUGUGUACAGUUUGGUCACUCGUUAUGGUCCGCGAACCACUUGCCAGCGGCAAGAGGUUAA